AUGGAUACUGGUAAUAACAAUGGACUUCACACAAUUCUAAAAUGCAACUUUCCUCCCUACGGCAAGGACUUUCCCGGCGGCUAUGCCACCGGAAGAUUUUCCGAUGGAAGAGUCCCCUCUGAUCUCAUUGCGGAGAAGUUGGGAUUGACUAAAACAUUGCCAGCAUAUAUGAGCCCAAAUUUGAAGCCUGAAGAUCUUCUUCAAGGUGUAACAUUUGCAUCCGGAGGAACUGGUUACGAUCCAUUAACGGCUAAGAUGAUGUCUGUAAUAUCAGUGUGGGAUCAACUAACAUAUUUCAAACAAUACAUAGCAACCAUCAAGCAACAUUUUGGAGAAGAAAAAGCCCAAAAUAUCUUGGACCAUAGUUUUUUUCUUGUGGUUUCUAGUAGCAAUGAUCUUGCUCACACGUUUCUAGCUCAAUCUUAUAAAUAUGAUCGUACUUCUUAUGCUAAUUUCUUGGCUGACUCAGCAGCUAAGUUCGUAAGAGAGUUACAUAAGCUUGGAGCUCGGAAAAUUGGAGUAUUUAGCGCAGUGCCUGUUGGAUGUGUACCACUUCAAAGAACAUUAUUCGGAGGAUUGUUUACAAGAGGAUGUAAUAAGCCUUUAAACAAAAUGGCAAAACAAUUCAACGCUAGACUCUCUCCAGCACUGGAUUCUCUUGAUAAAGAAUUAGAUGGUGUUAUCUUCUACAUUAAUGUUUAUGAUACUCUUUUAGACAUUAUCCAAAACCAUGAAAAAUACGGUUUUGAGGUAGCUGACAGAGGAUGUUGUGGUAAAGGCACUGUUGCAAUAUCUUAUUUGUGUAACUCAUUGAACCCAUUCACAUGCUCUAAUUCGUCUGCCUAUGUAUUUUGGGAUAGCUAUCAUCCCACUGAAAGAGCUUAUCAAGUUAUUGUUGACAAGUUACUUGACAAAUACUUGAGCAAGAUCUAUUGA